AUGAAUCCAGCAUCGAAAUCGCAAUUUACUCAUAAUACAAACUAAUAUUAACUAAAUCCAGGAAACAGCUAUGUUUAGAACUAAUACAGAGAAAUAAUAGAUGAUACUAAGAAAGAAUAAAGUUAAGGAGCAAAUUUAAAUAACGAAGCAACAUUAUAAAAUGAGGAUUUAAAUAGAAAGUAGCUGAAGGAAUUAUUUGAUGAAUUUAAAAACAAAGACAAUAAAUAACUACAUGUAAAAGAUUUUUAUGAUGAUCUUGAACGUUCUUCUGUUAGCAAAAAUUGUACAUUACUAAUGUAAAAGUUGAAAAAAAUUUUCUCUAAGAAUGAAAAUGCAUAAAUAGAUGAAAAUGAAUUUUAUAAACUCUUCGAAUUUGACUUUAUUUAAGAUUAAGAUAAUUUGAAUUUGAUAUUGGGAUUAAUAGAUGAUAUAGCAAACAAUAAUAAGGUACUCAGUAAAUAGGAGUUACUUUAGAUGAAUGAUAAUUAUAAUUUGGGUUUGCAACAAUAAGAUAUUGACUUAAUGCUUAAAUACGGUGGAUAAGGUGAUUCAAUUCAUAUUGAUGAUUUAAGGAGACUUUUAAGUGAAUAAUGA